GAGAGCAUGACUCUCGCCAUGAUACAGCUAAACAGCUGAUCGCCAGGAUGUGUUCGUGUUCGUGUUGGGAUGUGUCCGCACGUCAGGAGCUCGCCAUGGUGAUGACAUAGAUCUCGCCAGUGCCCAUGCCCAGUUAUGACUCAAAUGAAGACGCUUCAAGAGUGGUCUGCUGAUUGCAUCGCCCAGAGUCUUUUGCAUAGUGAAUGUGUUACUCAGCUGGCCACUUCUGCCUUCAGGGGUCAGAUUAGUCCUACACAGAAAGCAGUUAUAUGCAAGAGCCUGAAGAGUCUCAAACUGCACCUGUCCAGCUUGGAUUGCUCUUCAUCAGGCAGCAUCAGCAAUCCUGCCUCAAGACUCCUGAAGCAGAGGAUUGCAUCUGUUGCAGAAUAUAUAUCAUGUCAAUCACAGUUAAACUUCCUAAAGGCAUCCAUACUAAAACUUCUGCUUCUAGAAGAAUUUGUUCUGAGCACUGGUGUUGAGUGGAAAGAAAAUACAUCGUGGGGAGACGAGGAUGGGGACUUCGUAUUUGAGUAUUCUACCUCAGAUGUGGCAUACCUCAAUGCCUUCAUAAGGGUUCUAAAAACAUUUGGCCCUUUCCCAGUUGAAAAGGCAGUCAUUUCCUUUGAUUUCCGAGACACGGAUGAUAUGAAGUCAGUACUCCAGGCACUUUUUAGCAGUUGUACCAAAAUUAAAAGUAUUCACCUUGCAGGAAAAAGUGUACAUCUUGUUGCUCUCAGCAAUCUGAAAUGCUUCUCAAAACAGCUGGAGGAGCUAGUGCUAAUUGAUUCCUUCGGCGCUUUAACUAAAGAUGUGUUUUGUGUAUCUCUGUUAGGUAGACCUUGGAUUGAAUAUAUAUCUAGUCAUGAUGGUAGAAAUAGUUGUUUAGAACCUCAAUUUCCAGCUUUAAAGCAUUUGUGGUAUCAGAGGAAAAAUUCACAUCAAAACUGGAAUGACAGUUUCAUAAAGACAGCAAUUCUUACUUAUUAUCCAAACUUAAAAACCCUUAAUUGGCGUGUAAAUGAUUUCAACCACAAUUAUGCUCUUACUAAAAUACCAGGUUUAAGUGGAAAGCAGUACAACCUGGAAAGUUUAUUGCUAACUGCUGUAGAUCUGUCUGAUUCUCGUAGUAAUAGCAUGAUUUGCAGUGUGGAUGUUGGUUUCUUACCGCAACUUUUUCCUGGUCUGCAGGAUGUGUCCUUGGUAUUUACUAGAGGUUUUGAUUGCCUGUGCUCAAGAUCAGAGAUGUUGGGCCCAUGUACAACCAGAGCAACACAGAUUAUAGAAACUCUAAGUAACUUACUCUCUGACUGUAGCAAGAUCGAGUCUUUAACUGCAGGUGGUGAUGUUUUACAUUUAGAAUCAAUCCUGUUGCCAAUCCUAACACAGCAUGGGCAUAGACUCAAAUCUCUUGGACUACAGCUACAUUCCACUGCAAUAACGACACAGCAACACAUAAUGUCAAUAGUUUCACUGUGUCCAUACCUAGAAAGCAUUACUAUAAGUGGAAGUGAGUUAUAUCAUGGAGUGUAUGCAAAGACUCAGAGAAGAGGAAGUUGGCCAAGAGUGAAAUCGUUACAGUUUAUGUUAAAUACAACUCAUCCAGAAAAUGUAGAGUUAAUGAGGAUGUUUAUAUCAUCCUGCUGUUUUGUGGAAAGUCUAUGCAUUAGUACCUAUUGUAUUGAGAAUUUACACACCAUAGUAAAUGACAUCACAUCAGACUAUAUUAUAGCUUUAAUAUUGCCUGUCCUGGAUGAUGUAUCUCCUGUGGAUAUAGAUGAUCAUAUUUGUAGUGUACUAAAACAAUUUCCUAAUUUACGAUAUAUUUAUGUGCCUAGAAAACUAAAGAAAUGGAGAAAUUUACAGGAAAAGUUGUGGAAUCGUGGGGUAACAGUUAAGUUUACAGAUCUCUUGGCUAAUGGAUUUUGAGUGCCAUUUUUUCCCCCCCUCUAUCUUUUGUUUUCUUUAUCAGACUAGCUUUCUUAGUUUUGUAGAUAUAUGCUUAAAUAGCAUAUAGGUUUCAUAUUAGUGAUAUCAAAGUUAUUGAA